AUGGAUGCAAAGGGGAGAGUUAUGCUCCAGGAAGUCAGCGGUUGCUUCAACAAGGAAGCAAAAUCAGACAAUUCGUGGCCAGCCGGCUCCAGAUUCAUGUCGUCCAUUCAUGAUGCCCGCUGUGGGCAGUCAAGCAACCAAUCUUUCCUGUCCGUCGUUGCGACCAGUCAUGUUUCACGAAAAAGAAAAAAAAAGAAAAUGUCGAAGCUGACCAAGCUGUGUGUUACGGCAGGUACCGGAACGGGCAUAUGGGCAAUAGAAGUCGGCGACAAAUACCCAAACACCACAGUCACCGGCAUCGACCUCUCCCCCAUCCAGCCAAACUACGUCCCCGAGAACGUCCACUUCUUCGUCGACGACUUUGAUGAAGAAUGGGUCGACCCGGACGACAAGUACGACUUUAUCCACAUCCGAAAUGUGAUGCACUCCGUGACGGAUACAAAAGCGCUGCUUUCGCGGGUGAUGCGCCACCUCAAACCAGGAGGCUAUAUCGAAAUCCAAGACCUAGACAUCACCCCCCUCUCCGACGACGACACCCUCACCCCCACGACCCCCUACGCCCUACGGGAUUUUCUAAAAUACAUGGCCGCCGGGCUCGCAGCCCUGGGCUCGCACAUGCACGCCGUCCACAAACUACCCGAUGAGCUCGAAGCGGCUGGCUUCGAAGACAUCAAGAAAUCCAAACACAAAGCGCCCAUAGGGAUGUGGCCCAAGGACAAGAGGUUACGACUUUGCGGGUUGUUUUUGAGGACGGCGAUGAUGGACGGGCUGAGGGGUGUGAGCCAGAGGCCGAUGGCGGCGUUGGGGUGGACGCCGCUGCAAAUUGAGAUGGUGUUGGUCAAUGUGAGGAAGGCGUUGAUGGAUCCAAAGGUGCAUGCGUAUUUUACUUUUCAUGUCAUCUAUGCUAGGAAACCGCUGCAGGCAGGAGGGGGUCCUGGGUCUGAUGAACCAUGACGACGUGAGGGGCCUAUCCAUCUGGAAAUGAAAUACGGCAAGCGCCACCGGAACUGUGUAAAUAGGUGAUGAAAUCAAAGUAUAUUAUCCAUCAUGCUGA